AUGAACUAUUACAACCAGAAAAUCAUAAACCGUGGAAAUAAUCGAAAUGAUGAAGACCCCAGUUUUGGGGCCAACGAAAGUAACCUGAACAACCUAGGCAACGUCACAAACCCAUAUGUGAGUAAAAAAAUAUAUGAAGGUGGCUACAACAAGCCAAGCAACAAUGUGAUCCCAAGUGCCCCCUUUGAAAAUAACUUCCAGCAAAGUAGUGUGGCACCAAAAGGAUUCAACUUCACACAAAAUAGCGGAAGCGGCCGCGGCAACAUCCAUCACAACCACCAACAGAACAACGUGGUGACGAGCCCAUUUAACAACCCGCCAAAUGCUAACCACGAUGUGGGCACAAGCGGGGAAUCCUUUUUUGGAAAUUUUAUCUCAGCAAAUAAAAAUAAAUUAAAAGAAAACGUACCUAAAAGGGAAGAGGAAGAUGAAGAGGAGGAAGAAGAACUGCCCCUACUGGAAGAAUUAGGAAUUAAUUUCGAUUUAAUUUCGAAAAGGAUGAAAUCUGUUUUUAUGUUCUACAAAAUCGAUGACACGUUAUUCGAAAAUUCAGAUUUAUCCGGGCCGCUAAUCAUUGUCCUCGCUUUGGGGUUCAUACUGCUACUGGCCGGAAAAGCCUCCUUCAGUUACAUCUACCUGAUCGGAAUUGUCAGCAGCCUGAGCAUAUAUCUUCUUCUUAACAUGAUGAGCCAGAGUCUAACACUGGACCUGUACCGCACGAUAAGCAUGCUGGGCUACGCACUGCUUCCGCUGGUCAUUUUGUCCUUCAUUUCAAUAAUUAUCAAUUUGAGGUCGAAGAAGGGAUACACCAUCUCCUUUUGUUGUAUAUCCUGGUCGGCCCUCACAGCGUCGCGCUUUUUCGAAGUGGCUCUCCGGAUGAACAGCCAACGAUACCUUGUGGCCUAUCCGAUAUUCCUUCUCUACUCCUGCUUUGCGUUAAUUAUAAUUUUUUAG